ACAAACUAAGUUGACCUAUUUUUGAUCCAGAAUGUUUUCCGCAACAUUGUGAUUGCAUUUUUAAAAGAUAUUUUGCUCAUUUGCCUUAUGUGCUGAAUUAAGGCAUUAUGCUAGUGGUUCGCUAGACAUGGAAGUAAAUGAGGAACACGUCUCCACGCUUUUGAGCAUGGGGUUUCCCAGCGAGAGUGAAGUAAGGCGGGCACUUCGACUGGGCAAAAACGAUUUGAAUGAAGCUGUAGCAUUUUUGACCAACGAGGCACCGGGUUCAAGUUUUGACACGUUAGAAGAGUUGGAUGUCGAAAUGAAAGAUGAUCAGGCAAAUAAGCAGGCGACUACAUCGCCUGUUUAUGGACCCGCUCCUCCCCCAAGUUAUGAUGAGGUCGUUGAUCAUGAGCAGAAGGAAGUUUCUAAACCAGAAGAUGGAGCUGAAGAAAACUCUGAAGAAUCAAAUGAGUUUCCAGUAACAAACCUCUAUGAACUUGAAGGCAGAGUAUUUACAGAUAACUGGUCUAUUCCAUACAAAAGAGAAGAAUCUUUAGGCAAAUGCCUCAUUGCUGCAACAAGGUUUGCAGCAAAUG